AUCAGGUGUGUGCUGAUGAAAAUGGCAUUGUACAGCACUACUAACGUCUCCAUGAGCCACAGCUCGGCUUCCUUGGGAUGGAUAUACACGACAGGAGUGGCUGGCCCCGCUGUUCAUGUUGCGUGAGCUGGUGCUCCCUUACACAAGUAUACUUCAUACAGAGCCGAAAACCGUCGCAUUACCGCCACGGCGACCUGCGGGGAGGGCGUCGCGGAACCCGAGGAGUACUGCAAACUGGUAGGCGCGAAUGCCGACAGCGGGUCAUCCACAACACUGAUUCAACUACAAGGGGGACAAUGGUGCGACCGAUGCGACCCCAGCCAGCCAGACAAGGCCCACCCCGCUACCAACGCCAUCGACGGGUCGGAGAGGUGGUGGCAGUCCCCGCCCCUGUCCCGAGGCAUGGACUACAACGAGGUCAACCUUACCAUCGACCUGGGACAACUCUUCCAAGUGGCGUAUGUACUCAUCAAGAUGGGCAACUCCCCAAGGCCUGGCGUGUGGGUACUGGAGCGUUCAGUGGAUAAUGGCCUCACCUACAACCCCUGGCAAUACUUCGCUGACAGCCCUGGGGACUGUGAGAAGUACUUUGGGAGGGAGAGCCUGGACCCCAUCAUGGAUGACGACGAUGUGAUCUGUGUGACUCACUUCUCCAAGGUGGUUCCUUUGGAGGGUGGUGAGAUUGUGGUGUCGCUGCUCAACAAUCGUCCCUCAGCAAACAGCUUCUUCAACUCCUCCAAGCUGCAGGAGUUCACCCGAGCCACCAACGUCCGACUCCGCCUCCUGCGCACCAAGACACUGCUGGGCCACCUCAUGUCUGUGGAGCGCAGGGACCCCACCGUCACCAGGAGGUACUUCUACUCAGUGAAGGACGUCAGCAUAGGAGGGCGGUGCGUGUGCAAUGGCCAUGCAGACGUGUGUGACAUAACGGACCCCAAUGACCAGUACAAGCUGCAGUGCCGAUGCCAACACAACACCUGUGGUGCACAGUGUGAGUCUUGCUGUCCUGGCUUCAUCCAGAAGAAGUGGAGGCAAGCCAGCUAUCAGGACAACUUUGUGUGUGAACCCUGCAACUGUCAUGGCCACACUGAUGAAUGUAUCUACAGUGAGGAAGUGAAUGCACAGAUGCUAUCCCUUGACAUCUAUGGGAACUUUGAGGGAGGAGGAGUGUGUCAGAACUGCCGUCACAACACAGCAGGCAUCAACUGUGACCAGUGCCAGGCAGGGUACUUCCGGCCAUAUGACAAGGAACUUAAUGACACGGAUGUCUGCCAGCCUUGUGACUGCAACUUUUUCUACUCAACGGGGAAUUGUGCCGAAGGAACAGGGGAGUGUGAGUGUCGGCCAGCCUUCCUCCCACCAUACUGUGACCAGUGUAAUGAGGGUUACUAUGACUACCCUAACUGCAAGCCCUGUGACUGCUCCCAGCAUGGCACCUUGGGAGGCGUGUGUCAAGUUGGUGGUGGCCAGUGUCCUUGUAAGGAAAAUUAUGUUGGCUUGAACUGUGACCAGUGUGCCCCCAACUACUACAAGUUACCAGACUGCCUGGAAUGUGAGUGCAGUACUAUUGGUUCACUCGGGACGCCCUGCAACACAGAAACUGGCGAGUGUGACUGUGAGAGCAAGUUUGGAGGCAGAAAGUGUGAUCGCUGUCAACAUGGUUACUUUGACUUCCCAACCUGCACUUUCUGCAAUUGUGACUCCCAAGGAACAGAGGAGGAGAUAUGUGACAAGAACACUGGGGAAUGCCUGUGUAAGGAGGGAUUCAGUGGAGAACGUUGUGACAGCAAUGCUCCAGGAUUCUGGGGUUACCCACUCAUCCAGAGCUGUGGCUGCCACGAGAGGGGGUCUUCCUCCACAGACUGUGAUGCCUCGGGUCAGUGUGCCUGUCUCCUUGGGUUCUCAGGGCGGAGUUGCAGUCAGUGCAGUCCGGGCUAUUUCAGCUUCCCUGACUGUGUUCCAUGUAAUUGUGACCAAGCUGGCAGUAUUGGAAUCUCUUGCAACAACCAGGGCGAAUGCAAGUGUAAGGACAACUACAGUGGGACGCAUUGUGAUAUGUGCCGUGAAGGAUUUUACAACUUUCCUUUGUGUGAAGAGUGCAACUGUAACCCUGCUGGUGUCCUGGAAACUUUCGGAGGAUGUGGGGAUGCACCAGCAGGAGAACUGUGCCAGUGCAAGGAGCGGGUCACAGGAAGGAUAUGUGACAGGUGCAAGCCAUUGUUCUGGAACCUGCGACAGGAAAACUCUCAAGGCUGUGACCCAUGCAACUGCCACACUCCAGGCACACUUGGGGGCAUGGCUGUGUGUGACAUCUUGACUGGGCAGUGCAUUUGCAAGCCAGGCGUCACUUCCCGCCGCUGCAGCCAGUGCCGCGACGGAACCUACGACCUGCGGGAAGAAAACCUGUUUGGAUGCUCAGACUGCGGCUGUAAUGUGGGCGGUGCAGUAGACAAUGCAUGUGACAAGCUGACUGGCCAGUGCCGCUGUCGACCAAGAGUGACAGGCCAGCACUGUGAUAAGCCCCUACAACUCCACUACUUCCCCACCCUGUAUCAGCUGAAGUAUGAGGCUGAGGACGGGCACACUGCCCACAACACUCCUGUCAGGUUUGCUUAUGAUGAGGAUGUCUUCCCUGGCUACUCCUGGAGAGGCUAUGCAGUCUUCUCAGACAUCCAGAAGGAGAUCAUUCAGGAAGUGUUCAUAGAAAAGCCAUCCACAUACCGCAUGGUGAUGUACUACCACAACCCGAGUGAACGCACCAUUGUGGGGAAGAUCAUUCUCACGCCAGAAAAUCCCAGUGAUGUAGAACAGGAUGCAGAGGUGUACUUUGUGCCAACCUCCCAGCCCACUCUAAUGACAGUGAAGGUUGUGCCAGGCAAUUUCCCAGUGCCCCUUGUGAUGAACCCAGGUACCUGGUCCAUCACCAUUGAGAACAACCAGAAUCUCUUCCUGGACUACUUUGUGUUGCUGCCACUUGCUUACUACGAGGGCACGGUUCUCACCAAGAAUGUGAGCACCCCCUGCAGGCUUGGCCAGCGGGGUGGCGACAUGUGCCUCCACUACGCAUACCCUGAUGUCUUCCAGUACGACUACAUCUAUGGUUCAGCAGGCUAUCGUAGUGUGGGAGAGGAACGGCAGGCUGUGGAGCUCUAUGAAGAUUAUGUGGUCCUUGAUGAACUGGAUAGCCAGCCCAUGGCGUGGCUCAACCACAACCAGCCACUGCUACAGUAUGACCUGCGUCUGGCUCGGCCUGGACGCUAUGUGAUACUGGUGAAUUACUACACCCCUGAAGGAUCUCCCACCACCAGUGUGGUGGUGGAGACUUCCACUCGCAAGGGACGUGAGAAGGGCCGUGCGGUGCUCUAUGAUUGCAUGUACUCCUCUACAUGCCGCCAGGUGGUUACCAAGCAAGCUGGGAAAGUGGGAGUCUUCCACUUUGACAGCAGUUAUGUCAACCUGAAAAUUGAGGGUGAGACCAACACUAACAUUGCCAUAGAGUCUGUGGUGGCUGUGCCUUAUGACAGUUGGCAUGAUGACCUUGUGCGGCCCCAGCGGAGGUGCACCAGGCUGGAUGGGGAGUGUAUUGAGACACACUAUCCCUCUCCUCCUGAGUCUACCAAGGUUGAAUUUGAGUCCAACCUGGAGGGGAAGAUGGUGGAGGAGUUGCCAGAAGGUGUCAGCAAUGGUACAAUGUUGGUGUUCUUGAACCAAAGUGAUCCAAUGGUGGACAUCACAGGCAAGCUGAAAUAUGCUGGCAGAUAUGUCUUCAUCGUGCACUAUUUCCAGCCACUCCAUCCCGAUGAUGAGUUGAAUGUGCUGCUCACUCACUCAAGGAAUGAAGAGUUUGAGGUGGAUGUCCUCAUCCAGAAUGGACAGUUCUAUGAAGCAACCUUGAAGGUCCCACACUGCCCCAGCACCUCCGGCUGCCGCGCUGUUAUCCAGCAGCUGGAUGGCUCAUAUGGUUUUGACAUCCUGGAAAAUUUUGUUCUGUCUCUUAAGGAGCCCAGCCAGAAAUCCAUCUGGGUUGAUUAUGUUUUGGUAGUGCCAGCUCAGCAGUUCACUCAAGAGAUCAUGCACGAGUUGCCAGUGGACAGAACGGCUGAGUUCAUUAAGUAUUGUGGUCAGAACAACUUCUUUGUCGGCACUAAUUCUUCAGAAUUCUGUAAGAGAGCAACAUUUGAGCUGACCAUGGACUACAACAGUGGUGCCCUCCCCUGUCAAUGUGACUUCUAUGGCUCGGUCAGCUUUGAGUGUGAAAAGUUUGGUGGCCAGUGUCCUUGUCGUUCCAACAUCAUUGGCCAAAGGUGCAAUCGCUGCAAGACUGGCUACUAUGGCUUCCCUGAGUGCCGGCCCUGUGCCUGCCCCUCCACUGCCCUUUGUGAACCGGAGACUGGCGAGUGUAUCUGCCCACCCCGAGUGGAGGGUGAACGCUGUGACCGCUGUGCGCCCUACACCUAUGGCUAUGACCCCAUCAUUGGCUGUGAGGAGUGCCAAUGCUCACCCCUGGGUGUGCGAGCUGGCAACCUGCAGUGUGACCUUCAGUCUGGCCAGUGUAAUUGCAAGGACAACGUGGUGGGUCGCAGAUGUGACCGGUGUGCAGCUGGUUACUGGGGCUUUGCUUUCUGCCAGCUGUGUGAAUGUGACUUGCGAGGCAGCGAAGCAGACAUUUGCAGUCAGGAAGAUGCAAGGUGUUACUGUAAGCUCAAUGUCCAAGGACGCUCUUGCGACUCUUGUCGGGCAGGAUCUUACAACCUGGAGGAGAGCAAUCCAGAUGGCUGUACUAAGUGCUUCUGCUUUGGUAAAACUGACUAUUGCUCCUCUGCUGAUGCAUACUGGGCAGAGGUGAUGGCUGAUGAUAUAACAAGGUGGAGUGUGGUGGUGGUGGAGCAGGCACAGGAUUUCCAGGGAGUCCCCACCCUCACCUUCAGCACACUUUCCCAGCCACCAGUCUACUACCAAGAACUCAUACAGCAAGAUUUGGAAGGAGUGGAGAACUACUUCCCAGGAGCUCAGAUCUUCUUCACUGCUCUGCCCACCCUUGGCAAUCAUGUGAAAUCUUAUGGUGGCUUCCUACGCUACUCCCUUGUGUUUGUCCGGGCAAACAAAGGAACUGAAAUCAGUGGCCCCAAUGUCCUGCUUAAGGGAGGUGAUGUUAUUGCACAACACUUUUCUCCUACUGAACCAACCUCACCACAAGUUUUCACCAAUGAGAUCAGGCUGACAGAACACAACUUUAGAACUCUGUCAGGGGUUCCUCUUGAGCGAGAUCAAUUCAUGAUGCUGCUGUACAGACUUGAAGCAGUGUACAUUCGAGCCAACUACUGGAGCAGCUCCUUUGAGGCCAGGUUGUUUAAUGUGAGUCUUGAUGUGCCAGCCAAACAAGGUGAAAGACACAGUCUUAGACAGGCUCUCUCCAUUGAGCUGUGUCAGUGCCCAGUUAAUUAUGAAGGUUCAUCCUGUGAGGACUGUGCCCCUGGCUAUUACCGUGCCCAGCGUGGACCCUACGGAGGCUACUGUGUUCCCUGCCAGUGUAAUGGCCACUCCGACAUCUGUGACAGGGAGACAGGCCGGUGUCUGAACUGUCAGCACAACACUGUGGGUGACCACUGUGAGAUGUGUGCCACAGGAUACCAUGGGAAGGCCACUAAGGGCACUCCUUACGACUGCCUCAUCUGUGCUUGUCCUCUGCCUUCCAAGACAAACAAUUUUGCUGAGAGCUGUGACUUCCUGGAUGAUGGCCAAUCUAUACGCUGUGACUGCAAGGAGGGUUAUGUUGGGGAGCGCUGUGAACACUGUGCUGCAGGAUACUACGGCCAGCCUGAGAUUCUUGGGCAGAGAUGCCAACCUUGUCGGUGCAAUGAGAACAUCAAUCCAAAUGAUCCUAAUGCGUGUGACUACAUUACUGGCCAUUGCCUUGCCUGCCUCAACAACACCUAUGGCAAUGCCUGUGAGAGGUGUGCCCCAGGAUACUUUGGAGAUGCUGUUGCCCUCAAAAAUUGUGAACGCUGCUCCUGUGAUGAGUGUGGCACCCGCAACUGUGAGCACUUCUCUGGGAUGUGUGAGUGCUUUGAAAAUGUGAUUGGUGAGGACUGUGACCGCUGUGCUCAGGACCAUUGGGGCUUUGCAUCCUGCCAGGGUUGCCAGCCGUGUCAGUGUGGGCUUGCGUCCAGGAGUAGGCAGUGCGAUGAGCAGACAGGCCAGUGUGAAUGUCAAGAUGGGGUCACUGGGCAGAGGUGUGACCGCUGCAACCCAGGAUUCUGGAACUACACUGAGUAUGGAUGCCAAGAAUGCUUGUGUCGGGAAGGCUUCAGUAUUGGCGUGGGCUGUGACCCACUGACGGGUCAGUGUCAGUGUCUGCCAGGAGUGAUUGGUGACAACUGUGAUGGAUGCCCCUACAGGUGGGUGCUGGUGGAAGGCUAUGGGUGUCAAGAGUGUGGUGAGUGUGUCCAUGCUCUCCUGGACACUACUGAUGAACUUUCCAACCUCAUUCAGCCCACUAUAAAUGAGUUCAAGAGUGCUGCAUACAGCGUCUUCCUGCACCAACGCCUUGAUGUCAUUAACUCCACUGUGAUCCAACUUGAACCUCAAGUUCGUCUGAUGGACUUUGAUGAGAUGGAGACGGCUUCUGUGGCUGGUCCUCUUGAUGACCUCAUGAAGGAAGCCCAGGCAUUAGCUUCUCAAACUGGGAUUGUAGGAGACCGUGCUGGAGCUGCAGCUAAGGAAGGCUAUGAGGUGCACAUCGAAGCUCUUAGAGAACUGGAGCAUGUAGAGGCUGCCUUUAUCCUCUGCCGGGACAUUAUUCAAGGAAUCAAUAAACUUGUCAUUGGUCUCGAGACUGGCACUGGAGCUGAACUGGAGCAAGCCAUCAGUGAAGCAGAAGCUAUUGUGGCUGACAUGAAGAUACGGGACUUUGAUGGCCAAAAUGAUGCUGUGGAACUCGAGCUGGAAUUGGCAAAGGAGAUAUUGGAGAACAUGGAGAACCUCUUUAACCCAGUAAAGGCUCAAAAUGAAGAUAUUGUGACGUAUAAACAGCGACUGAACACUUUUGAAGAAAUGAUGAUGGAAAUGAUUGAUUACAUCCAAACAUCAAAGCAGAAGUUAAAGGAAGCUAAGGAUAUCAUAGAAAACAACAAAAAUUUUGGUUCCCAGGUACUGAAGAAGAAACUGGAUGAGAUCCGCUUCCUAUCAGGUGAUGCUGAAGGCAACAACAAAGAGGCAACAAGCCUGGUGGAUCAAGCCAGAGACAAUCAUGCUAACUCCACCAACAACUUUGACUACCUGGUGAAUGAUGUGGAGCGACUACGCAGCAGCAAGACCACCCUCAAUGACUCUGUGGUGGAGACAAUGGAGGAACUGGAGGAGGCCAAGUUACCUGCCCAAAAAGCACAGGGCCAUGCAUAUGAGCUGGAACAAAGGGCACAGAACCUAGACAGCCUCUUACAAGAUACUCGAAAUGUAGCAGAAAAUGCUCUUGAAGCAGCCAAUGCCUACAAGAACAUUGUCUCAGCCAUUGACGAUGCAUACAACACCUCUGUGUCUGCAAACAUGUCAGCAUUUAUGGCUGUGAACAUGUCACUGGAUGUGAUGAGCGAGGUAUUGCAGUCCCAGGAGAUCUCUGAGGAAAAGUACAUCGCUGCAGGGACUUAUGUGCAACAGGUGAAGAGGGAGCUGCGACCUCAGCUGGAACAUGCUGAGGCUGAUGUGCAAACACUGCAGGACAUGAAUCAGUACACCAAUGAUACACUGCAGUAUAUCACCAUCCGCCUGCUUGCUCUUAAUAUGGAGACUGUCUCAAAUGAUGCAACAGCCCUGAAAGAGAGAGCAGUGCAGUCAAGAGAGGGCGCUGAUGAAGCCAUUCAGAGCAUUACUGAUGUGGAGAGCCGGCUUCCUGAAGCUGAAGAAGAUGCCCGUAUCCUGCUGAAGAAUGCGGCUGAAGGCAAGAGGGCCAUCACUCUUGCAUAUGAAUCAGUGGAGCGUGCAGAGCAACAGUUGCCAGAAGCAGUGGAGCUAGCACAGCGCCUCCGUCCUCAGAGUGACAGCAUCCGGAUGAAGAGCAUUGACAUGGGUGAACGCCUGGAAAAGUUGCGCCUCACCAUACAGAAGACCCGAGAGCUGACCAACAAGAUUAAAGUGGGCGUGUCCUUCCUUCCCAACACAACAAUUGAAGUGGAGAACCCGAGGGAACUCAUCAAGGCUUCAACCUCUACAAAGGUGUCGACCUUCAUCAAGACUGCCCAGCCAUCUGGCCUCAUCCUCUUCAUGGGCACACCAGUUGGAGGUCACCAGCGUAUGCGGCGUGCCACCACUGACGACUUUCUUGCCCUUGAGUUGGAUGCAGGCUAUGUGCGUCUCACGAUGAACUUGGGAGCUGGUGCACACACAAUGGAAUACAACAAGCUCUUUGUGGCUGACAAUGUGUGGACCAAAGUGACUGUUGAAAGGAUAGGAAAAGUGGUCAAGCUAGAUGUGUCCCGAGAGGGUGUGGACAGUGAGCCGAUUGAAGGAGUGCUGCCGGGACGGUAUUCUGUUUUCAAUCUGGACCCCAAAGUGAGUAAGAUCUUUGUUGGCGGCAUCCCGGCUGGAGUGGAAGUGGACCGCCACAUCCUCAGCACUUCCUUUGAUGGUGAAAUGGAAGAUCUGCAACUGAAUGAUCAAUUUGUUGGUCUCUGGAACUUCAUGUCCAAUGGUACCAGCAACAAUUAUCAGCGAGGUGCUCUUCAAAGAGAUAAGUUUGUGAACCUGUUCCCUGUGACGGGUCUGAGAUUCAAUGGUGAUGGAUAUGCUGCACUCGGCACUGGAUACAGAUUUGAGAGGUUGUUUGGUCUUCAGCUGAAAUUCAAGACUUAUGCUGAAGAUGGAAUCCUUUUCAUGAUCAUUGGAGCCCCUGGUCAGUAUAUCUCCUUAUUCAUGGAAGAAGGCCAUGUCAUCUUCCAAUUCAACCUUGGCACUGGAACUGCCAGCAUGCGUUCAGUAGAAACUUACAAUGAUGGCGAGUUCCGUGUUGUGGAGGUAUCCCGAGAUAGGAAGCAGGGAUUUUUGAAGAUUGGCUCAGAAGCUGUGAUUCAGGAAUCACCUGGUAGUGCAGAGACCUUCUCCAACGUACUCGAUGCCAUGUAUUUUGGUGGUUAUCCUGGUGAACAUGACUUCCAUGAUGUUACUAAUAAUGACUUUAGUGGUUGUAUUGAUGAUGUGACACUUGACAAGCAAACAGUUGAUCUUUCUAAGAGCAUGGAGACCCUUGGUGCUGCUCCAGGCUGUCCUAUCCGGGUUGCAAGUCUAGUGUCCUGGGAUGAACAUGCUCCUGGCUAUGUACAGUUUAAUAGCCCAGAAGAGAAUGGCCUUCAGCUUGUAUUCAAGUUCAAGACUAACAAGCCUAAUGGUCUCAUAUUUUAUGCAGCCACACAAAACCUGAACAGUUACUUAUCUCUGUCUCUUGUUGACGGUACCCUUAUCCUUCGAGAUGCGCCAGGGGGAGAGCUGAACACAGGAUCAUACGAUAAAUACAAUGAUAGUGAGUGGCAUGUGGUCAUAGCCACACGUGAACACAAUCAACUGCGCCUUGACAUUGAUGAUUUUAAAACCUAUAGUGUGCAGGUGCCACAGGAGGCCGAGCGCUUUGAUGGGCCUGUGUUCUUUGGUGGUGUGUCUGACCAGAAGCUGUCACAAGCCACUGGCACCAAUUUCAUUGGAUGUAUUGGAGAUGCAACACUCAAUGGCAAGGUAGUGAACUUUGUUGAGAGUCAGAGCGUACUCAAUGCAGUGUUCCAGCAGUGUCCACUACAGAAGAGCACCUCCAUAUUUGCCCGACCAUCAGUAGACCCAGAAGUAGAGGACGGCUCUGAAAUACCCAUCAUUGCCACAGUGGAGACAGAGAUUGAUGAAACUCCUCCCUCUCCUGAGCCCACUCCUUACUAUACCCCUCCUGCUCCUCCUACCACCACCACUACCUCUACAACCACAAAACCUACAACAACAACAGUAGUGACUGAGGCAACUACUACAACUGAAGAGGCUGUGCCCAUGGACAGCUGUGCCCUGCCACUGGUGCCAGAAGAGGAAGAUGUUCCCUUAAGCGAGGGAUACAGAUUUGAUGAAGAUGACCACAACGGUUUUGACUUUGGGAGCAAACGCAACAGUAGGAUUGAAUUCCAAGCCCUGCCAGACAGUGCAAGGGGAGACUUCAAGUUCUCCUUUGGUUUCAAGACAAUUUCCAAUAACAGCAUUAUUUUCUAUGCUUCAAGAAAGGAUCAUCUUGACUACAUUGCUUUUUAUAUUAAGGAUGGCAAGUUGGUGUUCAGCUUCAACCCUGGGAUGGGUGCAGCUAUUAUGAGAACUGAGCAGUCCUUUAAUGAUGGGGUGUGGCACAACGCAGUGAUGGAGCGACGUGGAGAGGAUGGCAUGCUGUAUGUGGAUGGCUUCCAGCAGGCCAGAAGCAGCUCCAGUGGAGAGAGUAACUUCAUUGAUCUGGAGGUUCCCUAUUACUAUGGUGGACUUGACCCACAAGUGGUGCAGCAAGUACGUGCCAAUACAGAGGGUACAGAGCUCUCCUUCAAUGGCUGUCUCAGAAACAUUCGCUUGAACAAUCAACGCAUCACUGGCCAACAUGAAGCUUUUUCGGUUAAUCGUUGCUCAAACAAUGCAGAGCCGGGAGUAUUCUUCGGGGUUGGAGCAAGAGCCCACAUCAUUCUGUUGAAACGGUUCAGUGUUGGUAGAGUCUUUGAAAUGACAAUGGAAAUCAAGCCUCGUGACAUCAAUGGUGCUAUUAUGUCUGUCCAUGGAAGGCGAGACUUUGUGUUGCUGCAGCUCAGGAAUGGAAGCUUGGAGCUGAGUGUUGAUAAUGGCAAGGGGAUCAUCACCACCACCUAUACCCCAGUCUCCCCUUGGUCAUUCUGUGAUGGCCAGUGGCACUCUGUUCAAUUGAUCAAGAACAAAAAUAUUGCCAUCUUGGUUGUUGAUGGCGUCACCACCGAGCCAGUGUCAGGGAAAAUUGGAGCCACGUCUACAGACACCAAGAAUCCACUUUUCCUGGGAUCACAGCCUUUCUUGACACAACGGCGAGGUAAUGCUGUCUCUGAUAAAUAUGUGGGUUGUAUGAGGAAUAUCAGUGUGAACAAGGCACAAGUUGCCCUUGCCUAUGUUACUUAUGUUGGUAAUGUGAAUGCUGGCACCUGCCCCACCAUCUAAGUAUUACCAUAAAAGUACAGUUCUCAUCUUUUCAGGAAAUUGUAAUAAUAAUUAUAAAAAAAUAAAUAAAAACAAAAGGACUUCUGUCUGGCUCUUGGAUUGUUUGACUUUAAAUUUUAAAACUUGCUUUUAUUUUUUUUUUGAAAAUCUCUAACAUUUGUUAAAAGUCAGAAAAUGCACAGCCAUUUCAUUAAAAUUAGAAAUGGACAUGUCUGUCAUACUAAUUUAUUUGUCACCUGGAAACAAUGUUUGUGAUUAAUGUUAGUAGGGAAAUAUAUUAAAAAAAAAAACUACUUACAUAUGUGAGUAAUUCCAAUGAAUGUAUAUAGAUUGAGUAUAGUCAAUAAAUACAUGGCCAUGUGAUUGGUUUACUUGGUGAUGUGAUGGUGAGGAGAGCCACAUGGGGUGAGAGUCAUGGUAUUACAGUUUUCCCGAGAUGGUCACACUGAUGAUGCAGUAGUGCAGAAAUGAAUUAUACUUAAGGUGAUGUGGUGAAGAAGACCUGCUUCUCUCUUGUGUGUCGACCAGUUGCUUUCUAUGGAGUGGACAACAAGCAUGGUAGUAACAGUAGCAAGAAGGAAGCUGCUUGGAGAAGAGAGGAAGCCUUCAUGUUAUGGAAUUCAGAAUAAAAAUGGAUGAAAAAUUUCAUAUUUGACAAUUGUUAUGCUCUCACUGAAUGCAGGUAAAAUCUAUAUUAGUGACCUCCAAUAUGCUAAACUAUUUAAUGGUGCUACCACCCAGAAAAGGUAUCCAAAGCUGGAUGAGCACAGCUGCAGUGACAAUCACCAUAGUCUUCCCUUUGAGAAUUAAACUCUAAUGACCAAAUUUUACACCUCUGCCUGUUGUAUGUGUUCAGUGUGACAAUGCUUCCAUCAGAACUCUGUUACCAUGACAGGUCAAACACCACAUUCCUGUUCAAUGACAACUUUGGCUAUUGGAUCUCAUUGGUCUUGGUAAAUACAGCCAGUCACAUUGCCUUAUCACACCAUCACCAAAGUUUACAGGUCUUGUAGAUGUUCAUGAAAACCCCUCCACUUUUGCUGUGAACUUCACACCAAGGAGACCUGCUCUUUUCCUAGACAUUGUCACCACUGCAACUGCUUCCUCUCUCUCUCUCAUAGGAACAACAGGAUGCUAUAUAAUGCAUAAAGAGAUUUCAUCCAGUGACAAGGUCUUUAGCCAUAAUGUUAGUAACAUAAUAUUCCACUCCCCACAUGUCUAAUCCACACCAAGAUGCAAUCUAGACACAACCAGUGCAAGUAGUAGUAUUUAUGUAUUACAUAAACACUUUUCUUAGAAUGUACUUUGUUAGUUUGUACUUAUUGUGUGUACAAUAUCUUUUAUUUGUAAUUAUUUAAAGCCAGACUCUCCUUAAAUUAAUUUAAUGCACAAAACAGGGAACUUGUAAGAGAACUACAGGUGUCAAAUAGAAAAACAUCAAUGGUAAAGAAAAUUGUAACAACUUUGCCAUUCUAUUGGUGUGUAUGUUUGGCAUAUAUUUUUGGCAUAUUUAAAGUUAUUUGCAAUAAAAUAUAUACAAAAUUC